AUGGCGGCGGCGGAGGCACCUGCUGCUGCUGCUGCUGUGGGGCGGGAGAGGGCAGAGGGGGGAGGGGGCGCCCCCGCCCCCCCCCAGCCGCCCCCCCCCCGCGGCCAGAGAGCAGGUGAGUGGUGAGCUGAGUGGCCGGCAGGGAAGGCCCUGCCCACCCCGACUCUUAGGUAGAGGAAGGGGCGCGGGAGGAGGAGGAAGUGACGCACAGGAAGCUGGCAGGGACUGGGGGGGUUGUUUCAGGUAAAUUGGGGGCUUUCUAGGAUUUAGUGGGGGGUGAUGUAAACAAAGUUUGCCCUUUUCCCUUAUGGGGUAUCCAAGAGCCCAUAUAGGGUCCUUACAUAGGUUCCCUAUUGGUAGGAGAGAAUAACAGAGGCCAACCAGAGAAUAUUGAGAAGCAAAGCAGCUAGUAAGCCUGAUCUUUAUUGAUCUGUUGCAACAGGGUGCUCCCCUCACCCACAGGAGAGGAGGAGGAACGCAGAAAAAUGGCACGCAAGGCCUUAUAAAGACUUUUGAAAUUGCCACCCUGUAGCUGAAGACCACCUCCAGAAACACCAUGCAUACAUCACAGAAGGGGUGUAACCUAAGACCACCCCUCAGAUACAUCAUACCUACAUCACAGAAAAGGCAGUCUUAAAACAGAAAUUUGAAUGUUGUUUUUCUCCUGUCCUUGUUUAUCUGGCAGGUUACUUGAUUGGAUUGCCUGGGGAGCCUGGCCAGUCUUUUGUAAUGAUAAAUACUUAGUUCCUGGGCCAUGUCACAGGCUCACACCCUAUUCAUAUCUUAAAUGUGUCCUUAAGACAGGAUUUGUGAGCAAAGAGACAAUGGGGAGGUUUCCCACUUUGACCUUGCAGAGAAAACAUUUGGUCAGUUUAGGAAUCAAAAUGGUUCCAGGUUGGCCUUCCUGUGCUGAGCUAUGUACGUGCUUGGUUGGUACACUUAUGAACAUUACCAUAUAUCUAAGACCAUAAAAUUCCUAUCACAGGGGGUAGAGCAAAAGUGGCUGAUAAUGGUGUGGUGAGUCUCUGGGAAAGAGGAAGCAGCUAGAAGAGGUACCUUAUUAUUUUAAGAAAAAUACUAUUAUUAUUUAGAAAAAUACUACUAUUAUUUAUUUAUUUAUACCCUGCCUUUUCCCCUGACAGGGACUGAAGGCAGAUUAUAAAAAAAAUAAGAAAAACUAAAAAUGGGGGAGUAUCCUUAAAACACACACACACACAAAAUUAAACUUUGGUAGAGUUUAUACGUAGUUUCUAUUACACACAUGCAUAGAAUUGAAGUGUUGGGAUGGCGUGAGUCAUCUUAGUCCAGCCACCUGCCAUGCAGGAAUCUUUUCCCCAUUGUGGGGCUCGAGCCCGUGACCCCCGAGAUUAGUAAGAGUCUCAUGCUGAAUUAGAGUAAAAACCAGCACAGCGCCAGGUGCUGAAAGGGCAGCAGGAUGGGGGUAUGUUGACAGGGAACCAACCUACCAUAUUUUUCGCUCUAGGACGCACUUUUUCCCCUCCAAAAAUGAAGGGGAAAUGUUUGUGCGUCCUAUGGAGCGAACGCAGGCUCCUUGGCUUCAGCAAAAGCAACACGAAGCCUCCAAAGCGCAGAGGGAGCGCUCCGGAGACUACGCGUUGCUUUCGCUGAAGCCUGGAGAGCGAGAGGGGUCGGUGCGCACCGACCCUCUCGCUCUCCAGGCUUCAGGGAUGGCCGCCUGAAGUCUUUGGAGCGCAGCGGGACCUCGCGCUGUGCUCCAAAGGCUUCGGGUUCCUUUCACUGAAGCCGAGAGAGCAAGACUCUCCUGGCUUCAGGGAUAGCCGCCUGAAGCCUUUGGAGCGCAGCGCGAAGUCCCGCUGCACUCCAAAGGCUUCAGGUGGCUGUCCCCGAAGCCAGAACAGAGAGACUGAGAGCUGUGCAGCAUCUCACUGUUCUAGCUUGGGGAUGCUGGGGCUUUAUGGGGAAACCCCGGGCUUCCCCCUUCAGCCCCGACACUGAUUUGAUUCAGAAUAUUUUUUACUUGUUUUCCUCCUCUAAAAACUAGGUGUGUCCUUUAGAGCGAAAAAUACAGUAAUAGUUGAGCCGCCUCCUUGUGAGUGAUGUAGUGUUACAAAAACAACACUUUAAAGGGAGAACACAAGGAAAAUAAGGGUUGGGUGUGUCCUGCUCAGGUGUAGAUUUUACUUCCGUCAUAUUAUGCUGCACAUGCACAUCGUCUGCUCAGAUCAGUAGUAAAUUGCUUAGGUGAACUUGGAAAAAAUAAUGUCUGCACCAGCGCCAGUGUCAUUCUUGCUUAUAGAGUUGCUGCAGCGUUGUGUUGGAUUUAUUGAUUUGGACUUUGUAUCACACAGUUCUGGUAAGCAGUUGAAAGCGGCUUCUAUGGCAAAAAAAAAAAAACCAUCAUAAUAAAUGACAAACAGCAGUCAUCAGUUUGAAAACAAGCAAUCGUGAUGUAGGAAUGCAGUGGUGUGGCAGGUGUCUAAUGGCGCAGUGGGCUUCAUGGACAACACACAUGGAAAAGAUGGGGAAAUAUAACUUCCCCCCCAUAAGUAUUGACCACACAGACCAUCAUGUUUUAAGAAUCCUUUGUGCAGCCAAAACUUACUUGCUUCGUACCACAGGGUGGCUACAGUAGUCAAAGCACAUUGCAGGCAAACUGUCCAAGAAUCCAUUAACAACCAGACUUGGAGACCACCUCACAGAGAAUCAGACUUGCAACACCUCCCAGGAAUGAGUGGCAAGAGAUUUCCUCCCUACAACAUUUUACUGGCUCUGAAAAAUAUACAGCAACAGUGAGUGAAAUCUUAAAUCUCAUCCAAUACACCCACUAAAAAAACCCGCAACUCUUCAGAAAGCAAACAUUUGAAAAAUAUCUUAAAACACAUCAUUUGAGUUAGAAAUUUCUUUUGGCCCAUAUACAAUCAUAAAAUUGAAGCGUUGGAAGGGAUCCUGAGGGUCAUCUAGUCCAACCCCCUGCAAUGCAGGAAUCUCAACAAAAGCAUCCAUGGCAAAUGGUCAUCCAACAUCUGCUUAGAAACCUCCAAGGAAGGAGAGUCCACCACCUCUCUUUUGAGUGUUGAGCAACCCUUACCAUCUGAAAGUUCUUCCUGAUACUUAAUCAGAAUCUCCUUUCUUAUAACUUGAAUAAAUUGGUUCAGGUUGUGCCCUCCCAUGCAGGAGCUUGCUCCAUCUGCCCUUUAGAUAUUUGAAGAUGGCUAUCAUAUCUCCUCUCGGUCUCCUCUUAUCCAGGCUAAAUAUAGCCAACUUCCUCAAUCGUUCCUCAUGAGGCUUGGUUUCUGGACUCUUGAUCAUCUUGGUCUCCCUCUUCUGCACUCAUUCCAGCUUGUCAAUAUCCUUCUUAAAUUAUGGCACUCAGAACUGGGCACAGUAUUCCAGGUGCAGUCUGACCAAGGCAGAAUAGAGUGGUACUAUUAAUUCCCCUGAUUUGGACACUAGACUUCUGUCGAUGCAGCCUAGAAUAGCAUUAGCUUUUUUUUGCUAUUGCAUCACACUGUUGACUCAUGUUAAGCUUUUGGUCUACUAAGACCCCUAGAUCCUUUUCGCAUGUACUACCGGCAGGCCAGGUGUCCCCAAUCUUACAUUUGUGCAGCUGGUUCUUCCUGCCUGUGUGUAGAGCCUGACAUUUGUCCCAACUGAAAUUCAUUCUGUUAGUUAGGGACCAGUUCUCCAAUCUGUUAAGGUCAUUUUAAGUCCCAAUUCUGUCUUCAGUGGCAUUGGCUACCCCUCCCAGUUUGGUGUCAUCUGCAGAUUUGAUUAGCCUCCCUCAAUGUCUUCAUAUAAUGUUGCUUCAUACUACAUCAGACACUUGGUUCAUCAAAGCCUUGUGGUAUCUGCUUUGGCUUGGAGUGGUUCUGCUAUCCAGUCCUGCUAUCCAAGUUCCUCUUAACUGGAGAUGCCAUGGAAUUAAAUUGGUAAUUUUUUUUCAUGCAGGGCAUGUGCUUUACCACUGAGGUAUGUCUCUGCCACCUUAACAGCUGAUCUAUGGCAUUACAUUAUUCAUGUGGUCUUUGAAGAUGGACGGACCUUAGUUUGUAUCACACGUGUGAUGCCUUACAGAAAACAUGUAUGCCACUUACGGCAAGAGAGGUUUGGUGUAGAUUCCAAAUAAUUGUCAGAGUUUGUACCUCUCCUUUUGAGUGAUUGGACUUUGUGUGUGCUUCAGUGAGACAUUUAAAAUCUCACUCACUCAGAUUGUCACAGCUUGUGAGGUCAUAAAUCCUUAUUCAUAUCCCAGCAGAUUUCACUACGGCCUUUAGGUAUGGAUUUUUAAUUUUUUCUUUUUGAUUUCUAACUUCCGUUCUCAUUAUUUAAAACAAUGAAAAUACAGAGACAAGGGCAGUAGAAUUUUGUCACUAUAAUUAAAUUUGCCACUUGUUCCUUUCCAUCUCUUCUCUUUCUUCAGUUGAGCUCAUUAUACCUAAAGAGGAAUGAGAAGUGAUGAGCAAGGCUUAUGCUAUUCACACUUAGCAACAAGCACGCCCCAUUGAAUUCUGGGGGUUUUGAGUUGACCUGCCUAGGAUUGUGCUGCAAGUAGAUUCAUCUUUAAACAAAUACAGUUCUCUCAUGAAGUAACUUGCACCAGAGAGCAAUUUUAAACAUCCCCAGGAGUUUGCAUGCACCAAGGGAUUUUUGACUUUCCCCCUAUAAACCAUCUCACAUACACACUAUUACAAACUGGUUUUGAGACGCCCUGCGGUUUUCACAGGGGUUUGCCAUGCAGUGAAAGUUGUUGGCUGUGUAGGAAAGAAAUUCUUAAUGUUUCCUUGAGCACAUGGAGCUAGUCCUAGGAUAGCCAGUGUAGUGAGAUGUUGUGAAUGUUAUUCCUGAGCUGAGGCUGCUGGAGUCCAUGACAUCUAGCGAACACAAAGCUGGCUUUCCUUGAACAAGUCUUCCUGCUUACAUAUCAUCAGGAUCCAGUGUGCUUGAGCCUCUGUGUUUUGCCCUAACAGCUAAUCCAAGUACAGUAGUACCUCGGGUUAAGAACUCAAUUCGUUCCGGAGGUCCAUUCUUAACCUGAAACUGUUCUUAGCCUGAAGCACCACUUUAGCUAAUGGGGCCUCCUGCUGCUGCCACGCUGCCAGAGCACGAUUUCUGUUCUCAUCCUGAAGCAAAGUUCUUAACCUGAGGUACUCUUUCUGGGUUAGCGGAGUCUGUAACCUGAAGCGUAUGUAACCCGAGGUACCACUGUAUACAUUUCCAUUCAAAGCUGGAGAUUCUUGAAAUAUCUGCGCUCCCGUACUGGUCUUUGUAGAUUAAUUUUCAUAGCUCAUCUCAAACAGAUAAUGAGGGUGUUAUCUGUGUCUGAAAAUACGUUCACUGUACAAAUGGGGGGGGGGGACGACAAGCAUCAAUAUUUAGGCAGGUACACUGAGGCUGAACAUUACUGGCUCUAUUUGUGAGUAAAAUGUCCUGAAGAUGAGUACAGUGUGGAUCCUUCAUGCGUUUUUUUAUGAACCAAUGAAUAAAAUUUCUAUAGACUCCCAUUCAUCCAUCAAAGGUGUACACUGCAGUCCUGAUGAAAGUCCCUUUCUGUUUGGCAUGGGAGGGAAGUUUGCAUUGGUGCCAGUCGGAUUUAUGUGUGCCAAAUAGGAUUUGGAGGCAGUGACCCAAUCCUGGUAACCCCUUCCUACACCUGCAAUUUAAUGUUUUGAAAAGAUUCACCCAACCACACAUUGUAAUGUAAUUUGGCCUAAAGUGCGUGGAGGUGUGACAUGACUACUCUUGCAAUAUUUCAUAUAGGCCAAGGUGGUCCAACCUCUCAGACCAAGUGGGCCGCAAGAGUACUUUGACAUAGAACCCGGGGGCCGCACCCUGAAUGAAAUUUCCAUGUCGUAAAUUAAAGUGUUCACAAUACACAGUGGUACCUCGGGUUAAGAACUUAAUUCGUUCUGGAGGUCCGUUCUUAACCUGAAACUGUUCUUAACCUGAGGUACCACUUUAGCUAAUAGGGCCUCGCGCCUCCGUCGCACAAUUUCUGUUCUCAUCCUGAAGCAAAGUUCUUAACCCGAGGUACUAUUUCUGGGUUAGCGGAGUCUGUAACCUGAAGCGUCUGUAACCCGAGGUACCACUGUAGUUAAUACUAUUUAAUACAGGCAAUUAAUAUAUUUAAGGGUAAGGACUCCCAAGCAUAAUGAGACCUACUCCCGAGUAAGUAUGCGCUGAGUCAGGUUGCUGUGCUACUAUCCAUAGAACAGGGUUGCAACUCUGUGCACACUGACCUGGGAUUAAGCCCUGCUCAGGUAAAAUGCAGGGCAAACCUCAUGCGCUCCUACUCAAAAGCAAAUGCCUUUAAGUUCACUGAGUCUUACUCCCAGGUAAAUGCAUAAUGUGCAGGGCUGCAGCCUUAAAUAUAUAUGUAGAGUUAUCCAGUUGUCCAAUACCAGUGUAGGGGAAAUACCUCUCUCGCAUUAAAUGCAUUAUUAUUGUGAUUACAGUGGUACCUGUAGGUACAGCAGGUUACGUACGCUUCAGGUUACAUACGCUUCAGGUUACAGACUCCACUAACCCAGAAAUAGUACCUCGGGUUAAGAACUUUGCUUCAGGAUAAGAACAGAAAUCGUGUUCCGGCAGCGCGAGGCCCUAUUAGCUAAACUGGUGCUUCAGGUUAAGAACAGUUUCAGGUUAAGAACAGACCUCCAGAACGAAUUAAGUUCUUAACCCGAGGUACCACUGUACUUUGUUUCACAGUGCGGCCCAGGGGUGGGGAGGGAGUUGGCCCAUUUGGCAUUGCAGAGGUUGCGGGAGACACAACAAGCACUUCUACUGCUUGUUUUUGUGUGUUCCCCACAGCCACAGCAACAAAAGCCGGCUAUUCAAGCCACUUUAAGAAGUCCUGAAUGUUGCCGACAAACACGACCUCGAGGGCUGCUUACAGCCCCCAGGCCGCAUAUCAGACCACUCUGAUAUAAGCUGUAACUCUGAUUUGUAGUAGGAAGAGUCUUUCAUUCUGAGUAUUCCUGCAUUGCAGAGGGUUGAACUAGAUGACCCUCAGGAUCCCUUCCCACUCUACAACUCUGUUAUUCCUUCUUGUAGGUGGUUGUAAGGUUAAAUGGAGGCAGGAGGAGGCCUGUUCUUUCCUGACGUUUCAUUCCAACCAUGUGUUAUGUCCCAGCAGAACAAUCUUCUGUUUGGGGUUAGUAAACAGGCAAUUUCUCUCUUUCUCUAAUCUUCAAGAGACUGUGUUUAAACUGCACAAAGCAGCAAACUAGGGGAACGAUUGUGAUUUAAGAGCUGAGUCGUGUGCCGUUCUUCCAGGUUCAUACACACCACAAAUUGUCACCCCACUGAUCUGCAGUGACUCUCCAAGGUUCUCCAGCAAAUGGAACUCCCAGACCUUCUAACUCACAUUGUUUAGCUGGGAGUGGCAUGGAUUGAGCCCGGGAACUUAUUCAUGGAAAAUAUGUGCUCUUCUACUGGGUUUAAUGCCCGGAUGCUGAGGUCCAGCGCCGAGGGCCUUCUGGCAGUUCCCUCAUUGCGAGAAGCAAAGCUACAGGGAACCAGGCAGAGGGCCUUCUCGGUAGUGGCGCCCGCCCUGUGGAACACCUUCCCAUCAGAUGUCAAAGCGAUAAACAACUACCUGACAUUCAGAAGACAUCUUAAGGCAACCCUGUUCAGGGAAGUUUUUAAUGUGUGAUAUUUUAGUGUAUUUUUGGUUUCUAUGGAAGCCGCCCAGAGUGGCUGGGGAAACCCAGCCAGAUGGGUGGGGUACAAAUAAUAAAUUAUUAUUAUUAUUAUUAUUAUUAUUAUUAUUAUUAUUCCUCGAGCAGGAAAAUGUAUUUUCCUGUACAGUGAGUUGAGGAGUCAUUAUCUUGCACAAGUUCCUCUCUCCACCAAUUCUCCACUCAAAACAAGCUGAAUGCUUACAGUGCACAAAUUAUAUAUGCGGCAAUAUAUGAGACAACUCAUAGGCUCAAAGCCCUGAGCAAAAUGCCACUGUGCCACUUUGACAGGCAAUAAACAUAAGCUCAAAUUAUGAGAUGGAAUGCAGGAAUGCCUCAUGUGAAAUAACUCUCUCACUCCGCAUUAGACACCAGGAAACUUGCGGCAGUGGUGCUAGUGUGCUGCUGAACUUGUGCAAAGUACAGCAAAAGGUGGGAGACAGAUCCUGCCGCCUCUACUCAGGACCAGCAAUAAAUGGCUGGCUAACACAUUGGACUGGAAUUUUUGUGAACUGAUGUUAGUGGGACAUGAGUAUAUCGAAGCAGGACGAGAAAGAAUUUGAGGCCUUAUGUCAUGGCAAAAUCACUCCAAUACUAUUUUCUUUCACCAGUUUCACACAGUGAAUCUUUUCAUCGGUGUUUCUACAGCUGGCAUUUCCCAUGUAUGGAAAAAAAUAUGCAAGGCCCCCUGAUGUGGUAAAUAACUGCUCUCACCGCAUGGGGUACAUUCAUAAGAAAUAUACACCACGUGAAAUUGCUGAGACAAAAGCUAGCGGGAGCUAAGCAAAAUGAAAUGGAUUGCAACCCAAAUACAGUGGUACCUCGGGUUACAUACGCUUCAGGUUACAGACUCUGCUAACCCAGAAAUAGUGCUUCAGGUUAAGAACUUUGCUUCAGGAUGAGAACAGAAAUCGUGCUCCGGCGGCACAGCAGCAGCAGGAGGCCCCAUUAGCUAAAGUGGUGCUUCAGGUUAAGAACAGUUUCAGGUUAAGUAUGGACCUCCAGAACGAAUUAAGUACUUAACCCGAGCUACCACUGUAAAAGGGAGACAACAUGGCCGAAAGCAGGAUCCACUCUAAGCACCGAAAGCAUUUUUGAGCUUACUUUAGAGUUGUUGACAAAGAUUCUCCAAACCAAGCUCGAAAACUAAAUUCGGAGGCUGUUAAAAGGCUACCACAAAUGAGAGAUGAGUUUUUGGAGCUGCAGGGUGUAUUCUCCAUCCCAUAUGAGAAUCUGAGCUGCGGAAGAAUUAGGGGCUCGUUUUCCUGGCACCUGCUGUUCCCCAGACCCACAAAACACACUUUCCUCCUAACUUUUACUCUUCAAACAGCAGGAGAAGCAACAGCCAGGCCAUAAGAAGGAUUGAGGGGGGAAGAGUUUCCUGAGAUUGUCUUCAUAAUCUAGGUAACACAGCAUUAGGGUGCAAAGUUUAGGGGAGUUAAGGAGACAUAGUUUUUGUGAGGACUCCUGCAAUUGCAGUAAUGUCUUGUGAUCCUCUGCUAACUCAAAGCAACCAGGGCAUUGUAUAGAAUGAGAGCCCUGCUGAAUCAGACCAAAGAACUUUCAAGUUCAGCAUCCUGCCUACAAGAAGCCUAGAAGUCUGAGGGCAGUAGUCCUCCCUGUAGCUGGUAUUCAGAACCCCCAACCCUUCCAUCUUGGUUCCACUUCUGCAUGUAACACGAGGGGUGCAGGGACCGGUUGGCAAAAAGAUCUCGGAUAUUUUCGAAAUUAAUCAGAGGCAAGCUUGGGCCUGCGCACCCACCUCCAGUUUAAAUCCAUUAAAUGUCAAAGCUGCUUGGUGAAGCAGAUUAUCCGUAAGUGUACGUUUAUAAGCAACAUUUAGGGUUUGGACAUACAGUGUGUAACCUCUGGUUACGUACAUCAAUGGAUGCCAAAGGUUCUGAUCUUGCAGCUGCUGGAAGGGAACUGGGCUACGUAGACCUGAAGCGCCACUUAGGUAAAGGUAAGGGACCUCUGACCAUUAGGUCCAGUCGUGACCGAUCUCUGGUGUCUGCAGUCCUGAAUCUUAGCUUCAUUGGCCGAGGAGUCAGCGUACAGCUUCGGGUCAUGUGGCCAGCAUGACUAAGCUGCUUCUGGCGAACCAGAGCAGCGCAUGGAACACUGAGCGUACCUGUCACCCGAGCGUACCUAUUGUAUCUACUUGCACUUUAAUGUGCUUUGAACUCUAGGUUGGCAGGAGCAGGGGACCGAGCAACAGAGCUCACCUGUCGUGGGAUUCAAUCGUUGACCUUCUGAACGGCAAGUCCUAGGCUCUGUGGUUUAACCCGCAGCGCCACCUGCAUCCCCAUACCUUGUUCAUAACUGCUGAACCAUGGUUUGCCAUGGUAUUCAAACCAGACCAAUGUUGAUGUGAAGAAGAAUAUGCGAAGCUGAAUUAAAGUUUUAAUAAUUAAAAGAAUUAAACAUGGCAAUUGCCUCAGGAGCAUGGCAUGAGUAUUUACAAAAUCUGCAUAAAUUUGCAUACAAAUAAUACAGUAAUCUUAAAGCAUUCUUUCUUGUUUUAAAAUGAGGCAUACCACAUGUCACCACAUGUGUCUCUUGUGUGAGAAGGGAAGUGGAAUGAUGAUCCCUGUUUAAUUCAUUGAAAUGUUUUUGUUUCCUAAGUGCCCAAUUAGUUAGGGCCAGCUUGUCAACUGAUCAAAAAGUUUUUAAUUAAUCUGAUGUGAAUGUGCAUUUGUAGAUUGGCGCCUGAAUGUUCCACUCUGCAACUCUGCCCUGUGUUUGGUUGUUCAUACGUAACCUUGCAGAAUAAGUACCUACUUGGGAGUGAGCCCAGCUGGUUGGACUGAGAUGGCUUAGUUGACCGUGCAUGACAAUCUCAGGGUUGUGGGUUCAAGCUCUACGCUGGACAAAAGAUUCCUGCAUUGCAGGGCGUUGGUCUAGAUGAUCCUCAGGGUCCCUGACGACACUGCAAUUCUAUAAUUUUAAAUUUAGUGGGGCUUACUUCUGAAUAGACUUUGCCGAAGUAGAUUUGAGCAGCUACUAGCGUUCAUACCUGGCUGAUCUUGGGGGGAAAACUAUAUUCUGGAUAAUGAUUUAGAACGUGUUUUUACAAGCAAGUCCUCACGUUCGGGUACUUUAUUUUAAAUUUGAAACUUAAAUUUUGAUUUAUGUUCGUUUACAGAAAGCCAUUGACUCCCAUUGAAUCUUUAUCCAUGUAAAUGGAUUUUGGGCUUCAGCUGGAUAUCGUCACAUGUUGCCUCGAGACAUGUGCACAGAAACCCACAUAAGCUUAGAUACUUAGAAUUAGCCAAACUGACAGACAUAAUAAGGCAAAAACCAAAAAGUGAAGUAAAAAAAGAAUGAGAGUGCCUAAAUGAAUACCUCAAAAGUCAAGGUUUGAGGACAGAAAUCUGGCUGAGUCUGGAAUAACCUUGUGAAGGGAAAGGAUAUGAAAGAGGGAUUUAUAUCUAGAUGUUAGGAUAGAGAUGAUAAGGAAAACAGGAAGACACAAUGAGAGAUAAAGGAGGUGCUGUGGGAUUGGUGGAAGUCUUGUUUUAGUGUCUUCUUGUUUUAGUGUUUAUAAUAUUAACUUGUAAGAUACAGAUUUGUGGUUUUUUUGCUUUUUUGUUGUUGCUUUCGUUUUCGAAUGUUGAUUUUUGUGUAUUGUUAUUUUUCGAUAUCUUUUGUGUUGUUGUGUGGAAAAUACUAAUAAAAUUUAUUUUAAAAAGAAAGAAACCCACAUAAACACACUGCUCCCCCCACUGGUUCCCAUGUUCAUUCUCUUCCUCCACUUGCUGUGGGUUUUUCUUUUUUUAUAUAAAAGUGUUCUGCGUGGUACAGCAUGCAGGAGAGGAGUUGGGGCAGGCAAAACAAAGAUGGCUGCCAGAAGCAGCCAUUCUGUUAAUCAGCAGCAUCCUCUGCCUUAGGAUUUGCUGAAUGGUUAGAACAGAAAACCCUGCCAAAAACAUGAAUAGAUUGCCUUGAUAAUGCCACAUUAUCUUCAUUCUGGCUGCUGAGCUCUUAGUGUCUACGGUUAAGUGUCCAAACAUGAAAUCAAGUUUUCUUCCAACAUUCCUCCACAUUCCCCACUAAUUCUGUCUUCCCGUGUGUCUUAAUUUUUCAUCCUUUCCCUAGUGCUUUGAAAAUGGACCGCUUUGUACACAUCAUAGCCUGAUCUUCUCAUAGUACGAGGUGGAUGGGAGUCCACUGUCAGAUAACAAAUCCUUUCCCCUUGCGCCACCACAGUCUGCAUUACAAGCGGGGACCAUUUUAGGCAUGCCCAAUUAACACGCAGUCGCCAACGCAUGGGUCCUUUUGGACCCAGAAGAAGGCAAAACGGGCUUGCUUGCUUAUAUGCACUCUGCCAACGUGUGGGGUCCGAGGACCAGGAACAGAACCCCUGCACAAAAUGGUCACCACCUGCAUUAUGGCUAAACCUCCACCCAUUAGCUUCACUGGGUCUACUCUUAGUUGUAUGCAAUCCCUUAUGAUUGCUUUGGGAAAUACAAGUAGCACACCAGUGUUUUCCACAGCAAACACCUAACAUGUAGACAUUGCAGAUAAGUGUACAUCCUUCUUUACAUCACUUUUCACAUAUCUAAGCAGCACCUAUUCCCCACCCCAGCAGCUGUAAUGAGUGAAACUAGUUUAAUUCAAUCUCCUCCACUGGGACAAAAGUUGCCUGUAUUGCAAAAUCUGCCACAAAUCUCCAAGGUCCAGUUCAGAUGGUCCUCAAGAAGCAGAAAUCCUUACCGUGCUUGAACUUUGUCCACAAUGCCCAAGGGCCACUUAAAAUUCAUUACAAUUUCCUAAAUGCCAAAAGUGAUGGGUUUUGUAACGUAAGGUUUGUCCUCUCUGCAUCUGCCUGCCUUUAUUAACCCCUGAGGCUGUGCUGGCCUGUAAGGAAAGUAGAACCUACAAAACCCACAACUGGACAAUACCUUUAAUAAGACACACCAAACAGUGUCCAAACUUUUGAGUUCUGUGUAUCUCUUAAUUGAGCUAGAGGCUAAGCAGAACACGGGUUGAAGGAUUAAGUAGAAAAAUAGAAGAAGAAGAAGAAAAUAGGCUGGACGUUACAGCCCGGAUGUUAUAGGAAUUAGACUAGGGCUGCUUCGAGAUGGACACUGUUUUGCCAGUUGGAUUCACACGCAGACCAACAGAUUUGGUUAAAGUGGAUUUGUCACUUGUGCACACACACCCUCAAAAGAACAACCCAGACUUUUUGUAGGAAGAAAAGUGAGGGAUAACAACUCCUUGAUAAGACUUAACUUCUCUACAAACAAAUCAGGAUAAGUGUUCAGUAAAUAGGUCCCUUAGUUCCAAGAUCAAAAUUGUGGGCUGAAUUAGUCUCCACUAAACACUAAAGGUAAUCAGAUUACUAUCUGCUUAUUGACGGCUAUAUCCUUAAUCAUUCAUUUAGAUGAUACUUUGGAUGAAGUGACAAGGAAAGAACUAUGCACAGACACUUUCUGCAAAGUUUGUGGAGCUGUACUGCAGUUUGAAUCGCAAAGGGCUGCACACUAUGAGGUAAGCUUUUGGAGCGGAAUAUGUCGGUUGUGUUUCCAGCACACACACACCCCUUAACUCCUAGCAAAGGAUGGUUCAAUGUUUGCCAGUACAGGCUCAAUUUCCUUGGGAGGAAAGUUCACUAGAGAAUUGUAGCAUUUUUAGAAUAUCUGUUCGUUUAUAAAUAUUCAAACUGAGUAGGCAGACACCCAGACAUAGAGUGUUGCACUUUGAAACAGUUCAUUUAUUUUAUUUGUUUAUUAAAUUUGUUGGUUGCUUUUAUCUUGCCCAGGGCAGCCCAAAGCAACUUACAAACAAACAACAAACAUAGAUAGAUAGAUAGAUAGAUAGAGUAAAACCAAGGGGUUUUCUCCAAUAAUAAUAAUAAUAAUAAUAAUAAUAAUAAUAAUAAUAAUAAAAAUAAUAUCUUUAUUGUCAUUGCUCCUUCGGGACAACGAAAUUACUUGACUGCUCCAUAAAAACACUAAUUAAACAAUACAGUAUAAUACAGCAAGGGAGAUUAGAUGACUUUCAAAGUCCGGGCUUCCCAUUCAGGGCCGAGAUCGCUCUGGAGAAGAAGCUGUUCUUAAGACGGCUCGUUCUUGUCUUCAUCGUCCUGUAUCUCCGUCCCGACAGCAAGAGCUCGAAGAGACAGUGACCAGGAUGCGAUGGAUCUUUUACUAUGUCCAGUGCCUUCCUAUGGCACCUUGUGGCAUAAAUCUGCUCUAAGGUGGAGAGUGGGCAGCCAACAAUGCUCUCUGCUGCCUUAACAACCCUGCACAACCCCAUCCUGUCCUGGGUAGUACAGCUUCCGUACCACACACAUAAGCCAUAAGUGAGCACGCUCUCAAUGGCACAGUGAUAGAAGGCAAGCAGCAGUUUCUGCGGAAGAUGGUUUUUCCUUAGUAUUCUCAAAAGUACAGUCUCUGCUGCGCUUUCUUCACAAGCCCCUUGUGUUGACACUCCAGGACAGAUCCUCUUGUAAUUCAAUGCCCAAAAAUCUGAACGUUGUUACCCUCUCCACACAGACCCCAUCAAUCAAAAGUGGCUGGACGUUGCUCUUCUGUCUCCUGAAGUCCACCACAAGCUGCUUUGUCUUCCUUGUAUUUAUGAGCAAGUUGUUAGCUCUGCACCACUCUGUCAGCUGCUCCACCUCAUCUCUAGGCAGCAUAUUGGAGGGGCUGUCUCCUCAAAGCCACCUGCAAAAACUCAGACUUGUCUCUGUGGGUUGCAAUCCAAAUCAUGCCCACAAACGCCCUACUUCACCCUUGGCCGGUAAGUCUUAAGAAUCUCCGUGAGCUUGUAAUCAGCGGCCAAAAUAGUUCAUUGAAGAAACCUGUUCUAGCCAUCUGUGCCCUUUGAAGAAAUAUCUCGGCCCAUUGGUAAAAGAUCAAGUAACAAGUUACAUCAUCGCCUGACAGCCAUAACGAUAUUAUCCCAUGUAAGAUGCAUAUUCAUGCUGUCCUGCAUUACAGUCGCUUCUCCUAGGUCUGAAUACAUGUUAAUAUAGGGCCACAACUAUUAAUUUUCUUGAGAUGCACACCCCAACCCACGUAAAAUAUUUGUCUUGAUUUAUUGCUAAUAACUGGGACGCUGGUGGCCCUGUGGGUUAAACCACAGAGCCUAGAACUUGCCGAUCAGAAGGUCGGUGGUUCGAAUCCCCGUAACGGGGCGAGCUCCCGUUGCUCGGUCCCUGCUCCUGCCAACCUAGCAGUUUGAAAGCACGUCAAAGUGCAAGUAGAUAAAUAGGUACCGCUCUGGCGGGAAGGUAAAUGGCGUUUCCGUGUGCUGCUCUGGUUCGCCAGAAGCAGCUUAGUCAUGCUGGCCACAUGACCCGGAAGCUGUAUGCUGGCUCCCUUGGCCAAUAAAGCGAGAUGAACGCCGCAACCCCAGAGUCGUCUGCGACUGGACCUAAUGGUCAGGGGUACCUUUACCUAUUGCUAAUAACAUUGUUUUGGCCAGUGAAACCAACAUAUUAAAGGCAUGGGAUCCAUUUUUCUUUAUCCCGCGCCACUUUGAUUUAAUCCCUUCUCUAAGCCAGCUUGUUAAAGUUUUCCCCUGAGCAUUUUAGCAUCGGCUGCUGUGGACAUUCUGAGACAAGUUAAGUAGCCUCUGAACUGUCUGCGUUGUCAUGCUCCCUUCUCUCCCUUCUCCUUGUCCUGCCUGGACACUUGAGCCUCUGCAGGCACAUUGCCUGGGGAAGCCCUGCACCAAACAAGACAAGAAAGGUGGAGGAGCUGUGCUAGGCCACCAAAGAGCUCUUCCGUGGCUCCCAUUCAUUCUGAUGGGGCUCAUACGGAAUAGCUUCUGUAAGGAGAGUUGCAAGCCGUCCUGCAUCCCUGCAUCCUUGGCCACUUUUGGGAUGGGAAGAAGAAACUCUCUAGCAGAGCUUAGGUAGUGGUCAGGCUGGCAGAGGAGGAGACAGUCUCGCAAGUAUCCAGGGUCAAGCUAUUUAAUGCUUUAGAGCUAACCGCAAGCACUUUAAGCUGGCAAGCAAUUGCUGCUGCUGUGAAAUGGGGACGAUAUUCUCUCACGGCUAAGGAAUUCUCUCUCUUUUAAAAAAAUAAUGUUUAUUAAUUUUUCAUUAAUAACAUUGCAAUUAAUAACGUUUCAUAUCAUGCUACAUCAUAUAAAAAAUAAGAAGGCCAAUUAUCUAUUCCAAAUUAAAUAAUUUAAUGGGACUUCCCAUGUUCUGGCUGCUCCAGAGAAAAUCUUUUGCUUUUGUUCCUGCGUCUUCUCCCAAUAUCAUAGUUCCGAUCUUAACCCCUUCUUAUCAUCACAGUCACUGGUAUGGGACUUUUCCAUCAUACUUAAAAAGUCCAUAUUAUGUUGGCAUGCAAGAGGGAUUUUAUUCUUCUUAUUAUUCUUCUGGCUAAGGAAUUCUCUAAACAUUGCAGUUCCCCAAGUUUUUUUCAAAGGUAUAUUCCAGCCCUUACUCAUUUUAUCUCAAAAGAGAAUCCCAAGGGGCAUCCUGAUAUAAAACCAAUCCUUCUGUUUUCCAGGGUAAAAGGCACGCUCAGAAAGUCCGGCUUUAUUUACAGAUGCAUAGUGAACAGAAGGAUGGGCAGGAGCCCAGCAAACAGAAGUUACAGUAUGUGAAUUUCCAGGUAAUGUUAUCUCAUCCUCAGCAUAAGCCUGGCAGGCAUCAGAGAUUGGGCCGACAGCCAGUUUUGGGAAAACUUUAACUACCUUUCCUGUGCCUGUCGCCAUCAGAAACGGGAAAUUUCAAGCUGUGGUUAAAGUGAAGAAGAGCCAGGAGCAUGCCGUGCAUGGCAAAAAGGCAAAGGUACCAAAUUCAAGAGGGACGUGGGUGGCGCUGUGGGUUAAACCACAGAGCCUAGAUCAGAAGGUCGGUGGUUCGAAUCCCCGCAACAGGGUGAGCUCCCGUUGCUCGGUCCCUGCUCCUGCCAACCUAGCAGUACGAAAGCACGUCAAAGUGCAAGUAGAUAAAGAGGUACCGCUUCGGUGGGAAGGUAAAUGAUGUUUCCGUGCGCUGCUCUGGUUCGCCAGAAGCAGCUUAGUCAUGCUGGCCAUAUGACCUGGAAGCUGUACGCCGUCUCCCUCGGCCAAUAAAGCGAGAUGAGCCCCGCAACCCCAGGAUUGGCCACGGCUGGACCUAAUGGUCAGGGGUCCCUUUACCUUUACCUUUUUACCAAAUUCAGGAAGUGCCAAUGUUUUUGGUGCAAAGAAAGAAUCAAGAGCAUAGUUAGAGAGUGCAUUCCCGAUUAUUCCUUUGAAUCAAAAGCUUGAAUUGCAGGGAGCUUUGCAGUGCAAAUAAUCCUUGCCCAGGGUGGCAUCUGCCACCCAAAGGGAGCUUGUUGUUCGCCUAGCAUCAUGGUGGAAUCAGGUGAUAGGCAAGUGGGUGUCCCUAGCCACCUGUCAGAAUGGCCCAGCCGGGUGGGGGAGCUCAGGAUCCAGCCUGGAGUUAGAUCUCCUUUUCUACUCUGCUCUAUAUGGCUAGUUGCCGAUUAAGACCAAAACCUUUUCAGACCUGGAAUAUGUUUUUAAUCCUAAACUGCGUCGUAAACCCUGUUGUUGUUGUUGUUGUUGUUGUUGUUGUUGUUUGCACCAUAUACGCCAGUUUUUUCUCCUUUUCCCUUUCCCUUUCUCUGUCCCACUCAUUCUCCUCUCGGAAAUUUCCCAUCGGUUUAGCACUGGUGGAUUAAAUGUCUUCGCGCUUUGAUUUCAGAUGGACCCAAAUGUGGACGAAAACACCUACUGCAGGCUUUGCAACAUGGUCUUCACGUCCCCAAUAGUUGCUCAGUCACACUACCUGGGAAAGAUUCACACCAAGAAGCUGAAACGGCUGUCGGAAGAUCAGGCACAACAGCCUGUGCAGAACGCUCAGCCAGAACCUGGUGAAGACCCAGUGGUUUUUUUUAUAAUAAUAAUUUUAUUAGUUAUACCCUAACCAUCUGACUGGGUUGCCCUGGCCACUCUGUCCUCUGUCAGGGCAAAGUGGUGCAACAUUUUAGCUGAAUCCAAGGAACUGUCAGGCUUAAGAGAAUCCAGUCCCUCCCACGGUGGGCAGCCAAGAAGUUGAUAACAAGAAGAGUUCUUACCAAGUCCUUUAUUCAAUAUUCCCAGAGAGAGGCUUUGAGAAGUGCCUCUCCAUUCCAGUAAUAGCAUUGCUCCGAGUAAAGUCCCACACCCUCCCUCUCUCGUAUCAUAACUCAUCCUUGCAGAGCCAGUGUGGUGUAGUGGUUAAGAGAGGUAGACUCGUAAUCUGGUGAAGCGGGUUCAAUUCCCCGCUCCUCCACAUGCAGCUGCUGGGUGACCUUGGGCUAGUCACACUUCUCUGAAGUCUCUCAGCCUCACUCACCUCACAGAGUGUUUGUUGUGGGGGAGGAAGGGAAAGGAGAACGUUAGCCGCUUUGAGACUCCUUUGGGUAGUGAUAAAGCGGGAUAUGAAAUCCAAACUACUACUACUACUACUACUACUACUACUCUUCUUCUUCUUCUUCUUCUUCUUCUUCUUCUUCUUCUUCUUCUUCUUCUUCACCGGCUAAUCUGAGCUUUCCGCUCUCCUACUCUCAAUGCUCGCCAGGACCUGGGAGAGGGGUGGGUAGGAUCUGGCAUGCUUCCCAAAGACACUUGAGUCUAUCAGCUGUCUCUCCCCUGGUGCUUCUUCUCCCUCCUACUCCUCUCCCAACAUUUCCCAGCUUCUCCCCUCUGCAGCCUCUGAACUGUGACCUUCUGCAAACCACUGUUCUAAAUCUAUACUGUCUCCCACUUCUCUGGGAAGUGCAGCAGGGGUGGUCUCCACCAUUCCUCCUCAGUUCAGUCCCUGACAGGAAGAAGGAAAGCAAAAUUUCCCUUCUUCUUUGCUCCCUUGUUCACUUCUGCCUGUCCCCUGGUCUUUCCGCACAGUGCAGAAAGGGAAGGGAGAAAGUAUUGACUUAGGUCUGCCAACCAGCCGCUUGCAGGAGGCUACACCUAUAGCAGCUCACCACCAAGUGUAUUUGUCAUCCAGAGAGAUAGAUGCACAUGGGAUGAGGCAUACCGUAUUUCUCGCUCCAUAAGACACACUUUUUUCCUCCUAAAAGGUAAGGGGAAAUGUGUGUGCAUCUUAUGGAGCGAAUGCAGGCGGGAGGCUGUUGCUGGAGCCGCGUGCUCUUUAAAGGCUGCCCUCUGUCCCUUCCCCCACCUCCCAGAAAAGCCAGCAAGAGCCGCUGCUAAACUCUGCUCCACGCUCCCUUGUAAGGGCUCCCUUUCGUCCCUCAUUUUUUGCUGGGAAGCCAGCAGAAGAGGCACUGUGCAGCUAUUGCUCUUGUUCUGCUGGCUUCUCAGCGAAGCAGGAGGAGGGACGGAAGGGUUUAAAGCAAGAAAAGCAAGAACCGCUUACAUGCUCUGCACAGAAUAUUUUUUUUCUUGCUUUCCCCCUCUAAAAACUAGGUAUGUCUUAUGGUCAGUCUUAUGGAGAGAAAAAUACGGUAUUUGUAUGUCGGGCAUUCCUUCUUGAUACAUAAGAGCUGCAAGGAAUAUAUUCUAUCAGCGUAACCAAAAGACUUACAGGGCCAUUACCGUGUCUUCUCUGGCUGCUUUGGUGGGAGAGCUGACCUUCCUUCAUAGAAUCAUGGAAUAGAAUCAUAGAAUCAUAGAGUUGGAAGAGACCACAAGGGCCAUCGAGUCCAACCCCCUGCCAAGCAGGAAACACCAUCAGAGCACUCCUGACAUAUGGUUGUCAAGCCUCUGCUUAAAGACCUCCAAAGAAGGAGACUCCACCACACUCCUUGGCAGCAAAUUCCACUGUCGAACAGCUCUUACUGUCAGGAAGUUCUUCCUAAUGUUUAGGUGGAAUCUUCUUUCUUGUAGUUUGGAUCCAUUGCUCCGUGUCCGCUUCUCUGGAGCAGCAGAAAACAACCUUUCUCCCUCCUCUAUGUGACAUCCUUUUAUAUAUUUGAACAUGGCUAUCAUAUCACCCCUUAACCUCCUCUUCUCCAGGCUAAACAUGCCCAGCUCCCUUAGCCAUUCCUCAUAAGGCAUCAUUUCCAGGCCUUUGACCAUUUUGGUUGCCCUCCUUGCACUUAUUUCCCAGGUCCCUCUGCGGUUCCAUCUCUGCCGGAGCCAUCUGUUGAAAACGCCUCGCAGGACACUGAUGUGAAAGACCCGUCGCCGUCCUGUAAAACCACGUUGGAUCUAGACGAUCCGGAUAAAUUCUGCAAGCUUUGCUCGGCGCCCUUCAACAACCCGCUUAUGGCCCACCAACACUAUGUGGGCAAGAAGCACAAAAGGAACGAAGCGCGCAAGAAGCUGAUGACCAAGAUGGGAUCUGAGGCCAUUCCCGCGGAGUCCCAGGCCAAUGGUAAGCAGGCGACACAGGGAGACGCCGUCCACUGAGCGUGGCUCAGAACCAAGCUGCGUGAUCAGCAGAUUCGUGGGACUUGGUGGCUGUUGCUACAGCAUUUGAGGCAGAGGGGAUUCCAUGUUUUCUUGGAAUGCUUCCCUGUGUUAAAAAAAAAAAUCCCUGAACGCGCGACACCGUAUCAGAUAGCAGAAGACUUUUCCCAGGAACUGGCGGGCAGAGAGAUAUGGCACAAGGAAUUCGGACACGUUUGGGGCAUGCCCUAGGGCCAUUUGCAUUGCAAUCUGUUUAACCUGCAGCCCUCUGUUCUUUUAGCAGUUGGAGUGGGCAAGUAUAUAUGCCCCAUUUGCAGCAUCAGUCUCACGUCCAUAGAAAUGUACCAGUCGCACAUGCAAGGAAAUAAGCAUCAGAUAAAGUAAGUGUUUCCCCAGGUGUGCAUUUUUCUCUUCUCCCCAACCCCUCCGCAAACAAGACUGACAGUUCAGUGCGGGAAGUGUGUGCUAAUGUUUUCAGUGGAGCCUCACAAAGACUGGGUUGUGAUCUCUGUGCAGCCCUUCAUCUGGGUUCUGUACAUAGCUGUAAACUUUUCCCUUUUCUUGAGAGGAAUCCUAUUCGGAAUAAGGGAAUUUCCCUUAAAAAAAAGGGAAACAUUGACAGCUAUGGUUCUGUACCUGCCCAGCUUUCUCUUAGAAGGCAGAGGAGAAGAGAUUUUUCUUCUCUUGCAAGCGCCUUGCUGCUCGGUUCUCUAACAGCAGUCCUUUUUUUCAGGGAGGGGGGACGCAGGGGUACGCAUACCCCUAAUCAUUUUCUGAAUCUAAGUUUGGCCUCUUUGAGUGGGCAGUAUUUUCAAUAUGAGUAGGAAAAUGAGAGUACCCCUAAACAUUUUUUAAGAAAAAAAGCACUGUAGCAGCAACUUUAGGACAUGCCCUCCAAGGAGAUGUCGCCUCAAUUUGCUCUUUCAGGUUUUUUAAAAUUCCUGCAGGAGAUUUCAUUGUCUGUUUUAUUUACUUCCCCAACUCUCUUUCUUUUAAUAUAAUAUUUAUUAAAUUUUCCAUUUUAACAAUCCAAUAAAAAACCACAUUAAAACAUUCUAAAUGACAAUGCAAUCAAAAAAGCCAAAUAUUCAAUGCCAAAUAAUAUAUCAUUUGGGUGACUUCCCGUGCUCUGAAGUUCUUUUGUGGUUUUAGUUAAGUAGCAUUUAAUAUGGUGGAUAGGGGACGCGGGUGGCGCUGUGGUCUAAACCACUGAGCCUUGGGCUUGCCGAUCAGAAGGUCGGCGGUUCGAAUCCCUGCGACGGGGUGAGCUCCUGUUGGUCGGUCCCAGCUCCUGCCAACCUAGCAGGAAAGCACGUCAAAGUGCAAGUAGAUAAACAGGUACUACUCCAGCGGGAAGAUUAACAGUGUUUCUGUGCGCUGCUCUGGUUUCGCCAGAAGCGGCUUAGUCAUGCUGGCCACUGGCUGCGGACAAACGUCUGCUCCCUCGGCCAGUAAAGCGAGAUGAGCGCCGCAACCCCAGAGUCGUUCACGACUGGACUUAACUGUCAGGGGUCCUUUACCUUUUUAAUGUGGUUGGUAUUGUGACCUUCCUUCAUGCUUACAGUGCAGCAGGUGUAUUCAAGGAAGCACUGGGUUUAUGGGGGGGACAUAACCACCUCUCAUUAGUGUAAGUUCCACUUGAUUUGCAUCUACCAAAAGUUCACCAGGCAAGUGCAGUGGAAUAAUUUGUCAAGGCUUCUAAGAAGAGCUGUGCAGGAACAGGCGUGUUUCGUCCACCGCUGUUCUUUGAGUCCAGCCAGGUGCCUUUCAGAAGUUUGCAAGAAGAGGCUCACUCUCACAGUUGUUCCCUAGCAACAGGUAUUCAGAGGGAUGCUAACUCUGAUCCUGGAAAUAGAUUGAUUGUGUGUGUGUGUAGUAACCGAUGUGUCCAAUGCCCGAACCAGGGACAAGAAUUUGGGUCACCAACUGUUGGAACUCUCUUUUCCUGCUUUACUUGCAUUCCCAGUUCCAGAAACUAUUUACAGUUGGGGCUGAAGCAAAAGAUCUCUUUCAGUUUCUUUUAAAAUAGGUAUGUGUCGUGGAGCAAGGCUUUUAACAGGAAGAUAAGGCAGUUGCUUAAGUUAUUUAGGAACAAGAAGAGCACCUGGUUAGACUUGGCUUUUGGGUCACUCUUCAUUGCCCACUGAGUCAAACGUUUUCCAGCAAAAUCCCGCAGCAGUUUAUCUUCAAGUUUGAAGCAACUGCACGUUUUAUGGAUUUGCUUGCUUUAAAGGAUUUAUAUACUGCCAGGACAGUUUUACAGCAGCACAUAAAAUGAUAAUCAAUGAAACAGCAGCAAAAGGCAAUGCUAAAAAUAACCACAGCAGGGAUGGAUGGAUGGAUGGAUGGAUGGAUGAGGUACCUGACACCUUAAAAAAGCAUAUUAAUGUAGGCAAGUGAGUCUCACCGGAGAGUGUGUUCCAUCACUUUUAUGCACCAGGCAAAAAUGUUUUUUCAGUCAUGCUUUUGGCUUUAAUUUGGAGAGUUUCAGAUAAUCUCCUUUAGUGGGUGGGAUGGAGGAGACUACUUUUUAUGUAUAGGAAUGUUUUUAGCUUUCAUAUUGUUUUAGUUUGUAUUGGUUGAACAUUGGUACAGACGACACCCUGUGGGUUAAGCCACAGAGCCUAGGACUUGCCGAUCAGAAGGUCGGCAGUUCAAAUCCCCGCGACGGGGUGAGCUCCCGUUGCUCGGUCCCUGCUCCUGCCAAGCUAGCAGUUCGAAAGCACGUCAACGUUGCAAGUAGAUAAAUAGGUACCGCUCCGGCGGGAAGGUAAACGGCGUUUCCGUGCGCUGCUCUGGUUCGCCAGAAGCAGCGUAGUCAUGCUGGCCACAGGACCCGGAAGCUGUACGCCGGCUCCCUCGGCCAAUAAACGAGAUGAGCGCCACAACCCCAGAGUCGGCCACGACUGGACCUAAUGGUCAGGGGUCCCUUUACCUUUACCUCGGGUUAAGUACUUAAUUCGUUCCGGAGGUCCGUUCUUAACCUGAAACUGUUCUUAACCUGAAGCACCACUUUAGCUAAUGGGGCCUCCUGCUGCCGCCACGCCACCGGAGCACAAUUUCUGUUCUCAUCCUGAAACAAAGUUCUUAACCUGAAGCACUAUUUCUGGGUUAGCGGAGUCUGUAACCCGAAGUGUAUGUAACCUGAAGCGUAUGUAACCCGAGGUAUCACUGUAUUGUAUUGCAAAUCACUUGUGAGCUCACUUGUUGUAAAGAGAAGUGGCUCAUAACUGAAAAGGCCCUGUAUCCCAGUGCAUCCUACCUCUGUUCAAAUGGCUGGGGCACCAUUGGGAAGGGAUUCUCAGGACAGGGGUAGCAGCAGCAAGAAAAGUGGAAGAGCAGCUCUUAGGUGUGCUUCUGAGUGAGUGGCUUUUAAUUAGUGUACCCAAAUGAGAUAUAGGAAGACCCUUUGCCCCCCGAGGAAGACCUUUGAUUGAAAUAUGUUGGGAAGUCUUUGCAGAAAAGCCUUGAGGCCUACUUCUUCCAUCAAAUUAUAUCACAGGAGAGCAGGAUCAAGUACACCCUCUCUUAAUUCAGCUCCUGAAUACGUAUGCAUGUACUGGGAAGACAAAGGAUUUGUUUCUCAGCAGUGUGAAACUGGCAAAAAUCGAUUUAUCGUACAUAUUAUGUAAAAGCCCCUUUAAAUCCAGACUUGCUUCCCAGUGAAAUGUGGGUAGAAUAAUACUGCAGGAAUCUGGGUGGUGCUAAAGUGGAACUAUAAAUCAUUCAGCUGACAUUUUGGUCCACAGGAACUUUUUUCUUUCUGACUUCAGCCAAAUUGUUUGGUUAAAAAUCAUGUUGUUGUCAUUUUUGCUCAUUCCCGCCACAAUUGUAUCUCUUCUCCCUUUUAUUCUUGUAGAGAAACCAUGAUUUCCAAUCUAAUAACGAACUCUAAGAAAACAUACGGCUCCUUCCAAGAUGAAUUGGAAGAUUAUAUUAAAGUGCAAAAAGCAAGGGGGCUGGAACCAAAGACCCACUUCAGAAAGCCAGAAGAAGAGUUUCAAAUGGAAGAGUAUGGUGCCAUGAAUGGCCAUGAACGGGGCUUUGGAUUUGAUCAGGAUCAAUUUUCCGGUGACGCUAACACACCAGAGCAGUAUUCUGGCAUUUUCUCAGAAACAUGUCCACCUUUGUAUUCUGCUAGAAGCAGAUUGUCCCAUUGGCCGCCAGGGUACAGAGACCUGCCAAAACUAGAAAAUGCACCCAUUUCUCAGCACAGCACAGAAGGUUCCCUAGAAAAGCAGGCAUCUCCACUGGCCACCUACAAAAGUGACAAUUGCAACCCAUCAUCCGAAUCCAUUGAUGGCUACAAACAUCUACCUUCCGAUAGUAGCUCUGCCUUUCAUAGAAGGAGCCAGAAGUCGCCAAAGACAUUCAGAAAGGAGGAAGAAUGUUCAGGAGAGGAAGACGGCGACCCUCGCCCACCCCUUGCAAAGUUCAAGAGAAAACCGCGCUUCGAAGGAGACGCAAACUUUGGAAAGGGCGGAGAGAAGAGGAAGAGAAAGAAAGAGGACGUCGACUCAACUGCCGAGUCGAAAUCGAAGCACGGUAAAGACAGAGGAAAUACAGAGGGAUCUUCUGAGAAGGAGAGCAGAAAGCACAAGAAGGAGAAAAAGAAGGCUGAAGCCGGUGGACCAACAGAGGAGGAGAUGCUUUGGGAUGAAUCCAUCCUGGGAUUCUGA